AUGCACAGAAUACGGAUGCAACAGCUUGGUCUCCCUGAGCGUAAUGCAGGUCCCUCAAAGUCGAGCACCCUCCGCACAAUGCGAGUACCCAAGUUCCUACGCAGCCUCUACGAUAUCCUCCAAUAUGAGGACCAAGCGAUUUUGACUUGGUCCAAAGACGGCACGUACUUUCAGAUCUUCGACACCAAGCGACUGGAGAUCGCAGUGCUGCCCAAGUACUUCAAACACGGCAAGUUCGCAAGCUUCCAGCGCCAACUCAAUAACUUCGGCUUCCGCAAGUGGACCAAGACGCAGUCCAGCGUCUGCACCUUCAGCCAUCACCACCUCGUGCGGUGCCAUCCGCAGCAGCUGGCCGACUUCAUUAGUCGUCGACCACCUGCUAACAGCGUCCGUUCGAUAGCUGAUGCUCUUUCGAUUGUAAGACGCAAGCGAUCAUUCACGGAGCUCAUGUGCUCCGCAGACACUACGACCUCUACUGCCACUACUUCAAAGACUAUUAGGCGUGACAAUGAAAGCUAUAGACGGAUGUUGCAGCCCACAGACGCCAACGAUCAGACAAACACAGCACCUGUUAAAGGUGCACCUCGAUGGGCGACGGACCCGAUAGGUUUCUUAAAGGCCGGUGAGGUAAGCAAUGAAACUCUUACUAGUGCAUCCUCGGAGAAAGCACGUAACUUUUUUGUAGAAGAGCUACACGACAUUAUUCUUCCGGUUGCGGAGCGUCAAGACAGUCGAUCCAUGGAGAAAGUUCUCGGUUUUGAUCUCGGAACCAAUUUGGCCUCAAACCACGGUAGCGAACUGUUUUCAUCGCUUCCGUACGCAUGGGAUAGCGACACAUUUUUUGCUCCAGUCGGCCGGGCGCACGUCGAAGAACGUAGCUCAUGGAGAUUGCACUAA